UUACAUUUUAAACAUGAUAUAUUAUAUUAGGAUGACAUCAUCAUCUGAUUCAGCAGACACCGUCAUUGGUUCGGUGUCUCACUAGUCCAUGAUGUGAGCUCGCAGCUGCGCACUCUUGUCAUACAUGUAAAAAACGUGUCGGUGUCAAGUUGCUACUAUGUUAAAAAACACAUUUCCGCUAAAGACUUUCAGAAUAAAGCGCUUCCUUUAGCGAUAACGCCGGUGGAAUUAAUUGCACCGUUUUUCUAUUCUUUUGCUUUAUUGAGUCAUCCAGCACACUGCGGAUCUGGGUCUCGUCCUUCCUUUGGUGGCUUGACAGUUGCCAAGAAUGGAGGCGUGUGUAGGCUGUGUGUAUGUGUGUAACAUGUAAUGUUGAUGCGGAGACAGAAUAGACACAUAUCCGAUAGAAGAAACGGGGUCAGCGGUGGAAAAGGAGGACACCUCCGAGUCACAUCGUCGCCUCUCGCCCCCCUGGUGACUCCCUCUCCGGGGUGGUUAUAACCGAAAAGAUCCGUCGCUCUACAAUGGGCUGUAGGAGAUUGGCUCAAGUCGGAGAAUCGUCUUGCAGCUGUUUGGGGAGUCGGGUGUAGGACCAAGACAUCGGACCGAGUCGAUGAGAGUGGCCUGCUCGCUUUUGUCCUGCGCUUCUCUGCCCGGUCUCUUUCAGCCAGCCGUGCACCGUGCGUAAAUGUGCUCAGAGUAGAGGAGGCAGCACCUCCGAGGAGCAGCUUCAAUGUCGAAAACCAAUCUUUGUCUGAUACCGUGGUAGCGAAUCGAUUUCUCCAUCGUCCCGCUGAGCGGAUGGAGUGAAUUGUGCAAAAGAGGGGGGAGAGAGAGAGACCGCAGCUUGGUUGCGUGUGAUGAUAGGAGACACAAUGACGCUCUUGUCUCUUCUGGGUCGGAUCAUGCGAUAUUUUCUCCUCAGGCCUGAGACAUUGUUUCUGUUGUGCAUCAGCCUGGCGCUGUGGAGCUACUUCUUUCACACCGACGAGGUGAAAACCAUCGUCAAGUCCAGCCGGGACGCCGUGAAGAUGGUGAAGGGGAAAGUAGCGGAGAUGAUGCAGAACGACCGGCUGGGAGGCCUCAGUAUCCUGGAUGCGGAGUUCUCCAAAACCUGGGACUUCAAGAACAACAACGUAGCCGUGUACUCCAUACAGGGGCGGAGGGACCACAUGGAGGACCGCUUCGAGGUGCUCACCGACAUCACCAACAAGAGCCACCCGUCGAUAUUCGGGAUAUUCGACGGCCACGGUGGAGAGGCUGCAGCCGACUAUGUGAAGGCCCACCUGCCCGAGUCCCUGAAGCAGCAGCUGCAGGCCUUCGAGCGAGAGAAGAGAGAGAGUGCUUACUCGUACGGCAGCAUUCUGGAGCAGCGCAUCCUGGCUGUGGACCGUGAGAUGCUGGACAAGCUCUCUGCCAACCACGAUGAAGCAGGAACAACAUGCCUCGUGGCACUGCUGUCAGAUAGGGAGCUCACGGUGGCCAACGUCGGGGACUCGCGUGGCGUGUUAUGCGACAAGGACGGGAACGCCGUUGCGCUCUCACAUGACCACAAGCCAUAUCAGCUUAAAGAGCGCAAGAGGAUCAAGAGGGCAGGAGGCUUCAUCAGUUUUAAUGGAUCCUGGAGAGUCCAGGGAAUCCUAGCUAUGUCCCGCUCCCUAGGCGACUACCCACUGAAGAACCUCAACGUCGUCAUUCCCGACCCCGAUAUAAUGACCUUUGACCUGGACAAACUGCAGCCAGAGUUCAUGAUCCUGGCAUCUGAUGGCCUGUGGGACGCCUUCAGUAAUGAGGAGGCAGUCCGGUUUGUCCGCGAGCGCCUGGACGAGCCUCACUUUGGCGCCAAGAGCAUUGUCCUCCAGUCCUUCUACCGCGGCUGCCCCGACAACAUCACCGUCAUGGUGGUGAAGUUUAAAAGCGGGGCGGGUGGGAGCAGCAAAGGGGGGCAUUAGGUCAGGGUGAGGUUUAGAGCUUCAAGCAGCACGUAAAAUAUCACAGAAGGACUGCUGAAAGUCCAAGUAAUGAGAACUGUACUUUUGACAAGUGCACAUGCAUACAGACAUAUGCACACUCACUUGAAAUCAUAUGUAAAAAUGACAUUUUGUUUGAUUUGACUGAAAAAGGGGCAUUUUAACAUACAAAUGACACCAUAACAAUCUACGAGAAUAAAGAGGUUUAGUACUAAGACUACCAAACAGAGGAUUUCCUCUGAACCAGCACACAUACAUUAGACUGUGAUUGCUCUACUACUGUUUACCGUACAUGCACACGGAUGGUACGACUCCACUGGAGGCUUCUACUAGUGCCUACACAAGAUUUACUGUGCAGCUACUGAAAAUGCUGUUGCAAUCAAAACCACCCAACUCACAGCAUUUUACUAAUGCUCUAAGGUCAAGUAUGCGACUGUUUUAGACCGGAAAUAAUUGUUGAAUAUAAGGAGGCUCCAGUGGAUCCAUACCAUUUAUUUAUUAAUACCUUCAACCAAUU